ACGACCGGCCCUGAGCAGGCAGCAGCCAUGGAGCUGUGGCGCCAGUGCACCCACUGGCUCAUCCAAUGCCGAGUGCUGCCGCCCAGCCACCGCGUGACCUGGGAUGGGGCUCAGGUGUGUGAACUGGCCCAGGCCCUCCGGGAUGGUGUCCUUCUAUGUCAGCUGCUUAACAACCUGCUACCCCAUGCCAUCAACCUGCGUGAGGUCAACCUGCGCCCCCAGAUGUCCCAGUUCCUGUGCCUUAAGAACAUUAGAACCUUCCUGUCCACCUGCUGUGAGAAGUUCGGCCUCAAGCGGAGUGAGCUCUUCGAAGCCUUUGACCUCUUCGAUGUGCAGGAUUUUGGCAAGGUGAGCUGCCCACUUGAAGCCUCCAGGCCCCCCAACACCGUUCUCUCCCCUCGCUCUCAGCCCAAGAUGACAGAGUAUGACAAGCGCUGCUGCUGCCUGCGGGAGAUUCAGCAGACGGAGGAGAAGUACACGGACACGCUGGGCUCCAUCCAGCAGCAUUUCAUGAAGCCCCUGCAACGGUUCCUGAAACCUCAAGACAUUGAGAUCAUCUUUAUCAACAUUGAGGACCUGCUUCGUGUUCAUACUCACUUCCUAAAGGAGAUGAAGGAAGCCCUGGGCACCCCUGGCGCAGCCAAUCUCUACCAGGUCUUCAUCAAAUACAAGGAGAGGUUCCUCGUCUAUGGCCGCUACUGCAGCCAGGUGGAGUCAGCCAGCAAACACCUGGAUCGUGUGGCCACAGCCCGGGAGGACGUGCAGAUGAAGCUGGAGGAAUGUUCUCAGCGAGCCAACAACGGGAGGUUCACCUUGCGGGACCUACUGAUGGUGCCUAUGCAGCGAGUUCUCAAAUAUCACCUUCUUCUCCAGGAGCUGGUGAAACACACGCAGGAGGCUAUGGAGAAGGAGAACCUGCGGCUGGCCCUGGAUGCCAUGAGGGACCUGGCUCAGUGCGUGAACGAGGUCAAGCGAGACAACGAGACACUGCGGCAGAUCACCAAUUUCCAGCUCUCCAUUGAGAACCUGGACCAGUCUCUGGCUCACUAUGGCCGGCCCAAGAUCGACGGGGAGCUCAAGAUCACCUCGGUGGAACGGCGCUCCAAGAUGGACAGGUAUGCCUUCCUGCUCGACAAAGCUCUGCUCAUCUGUAAGCGCCGGGGAGACUCCUAUGACCUCAAGGACUUUGUGAACCUGCACAGCUUCCAGAUUCGGGAUGACUCUUCAGGAGACCGCGACAACAAGAAGUGGAGCCACAUGUUCCUGCUGAUUGAGGACCAAGGUGCCCAGGGCUAUGAACUGUUCUUCAAGACAAGAGAGUUGAAGAAGAAGUGGAUGGAGCAGUUUGAGAUGGCCAUCUCCAACAUCUACCCGGAGAAUGCCACCGCCAACGGGCAUGACUUCCAGAUGUUCUCUUUUGAGGAGACCACGUCCUGCAAGGCUUGUCAGAUGCUGCUUAGAGGUACCUUCUAUCAGGGCUAUCGCUGCCAUCGGUGCCGGGCACCUGCACACAAGGAGUGUCUGGGGAGGGUCCCUCCGUGUGGCCGACACGGGCAAGAUUUCCCGGGAACUAUGAGGAAGGACAAACUGCAUCGCAGGGCUCAGGACAAAAAGAGGAAUGAGCUGGGUCUGCCCAAGAUGGAGGUGUUCCAGGAAUACUAUGGGCUUCCUCCACCCCCUGGAGCCAUUGGACCCUUUCUACGACUCAACCCUGGAGACAUUGUGGAGCUCACAAAGGCUGAGGCUGAACAGAACUGGUGGGAGGGCAGGAAUACAUCUACUAAUGAAAUUGGCUGGUUUCCUUGUAACAGGGUGAAGCCCUACAUCCGUGGCCCUCCUCAGGACCUGUCUGUUCAUCUCUGGUACGCAGGCCCCAUGGAACGGGCAGGGGCAGAAAGCAUCCUCGCCAACCGCUCGGACGGGACUUUCUUGGUGCGGCAGAGGGUGAAGGAUGCAGCAGAAUUUGCCAUCAGCAUUAAAUAUAACGUCGAGGUCAAGCACAUUAAAAUCAUGACAGCAGAGGGACUGUACCGGAUCACAGAGAAGAAGGCUUUCCGGGGGCUUACGGAGCUGGUGGAGUUUUACCAGCAGAACUCCCUAAAGGAUUGCUUCAAGUCUCUGGACACCACCUUGCAGUUCCCCUUCAAGGAGCCUGAGAAGAGGACCAUCAGCAAGCCAGCAGUGGGAAGCACAAAGUAUUUUGGCACAGCCAAAGCCCGCUAUGACUUCUGCGCCCGGGACCGAUCAGAGCUGUCGCUCAAGGAGGGUGACAUCAUCAAGAUCCUUAACAAGAAGGGACAGCAAGGCUGGUGGCGAGGGGAGAUCUAUGGCCGGGUUGGCUGGUUCCCUGCCAACUACGUGGAGGAAGAUUAUUCUGAAUACUGCUGAGCCCUGGUGCAUUGGCAGAGAGACGAGAGACUCCAGGCUCUGAGCCCGGCGUGGGCAGGCAGCGGGGCCGGGGCUGUGACAGCUCCCGGCGGGUGGAGACUUUGGGAUGGACUGGAGGAGGCCAGCGUCCGGCUGGCGGUGCUCCCGGGAUGUGCCCUGUCACAGUUAAUUUAUAACACCCCGAUUUCCUCUUGGGUCCCCUCAAGCAGAUGGGCUCAAGGGGGUUACAUUUAAUAAAAGGAUGAAGAUGGAU